AUUUAACAGAAGCAAGAUGAAGACGUCCUUAUAUCUCACCGCACUGGUUGUUUUCGCAGUUCUUGGUUCCGUUGCUUCCAUCUCUAGAGGCCAAUUCGUUCUAAGAGAACUGAUACGAGAGUUACAAGACACAAAAGCCGAUAAACCAGUCACAACUAAACUCGACUCUAGCAAAAUUGAGGAUGAAUUGGCCAAAGUCGGCUAUUUUACUGGUUUGAAAAAUGACGGUGAUCAGGGAGUUACUAUAGAGGAUGGUGAUCAAGCAGGCACCCUAGGGCAAGAAGGCGAAACUAUAGAGGAAGUCGAAACUAUAGAGGAAGUCCACCCAGCGGAAGAGGAAGUCGAAACUAUAGAGGAAGUCGAAACUAUAGAGGAAGUCCACCCAGCGGAAGAGGAAGUCGAAACUAUAGUGGAAGAUCAAACAGCGAGAAAGGAGGCAGGAGGCGACACUGUAGGGGAAGAGGACACAGUAGAGGAAGUUCACACAGCAGACGAAGAAGCAGAAGACGAGCAGGAAGACUUUGAAGCAGAUGAUGAAGCUUUUGGACUAGAGGAACACAAUGAGAACACGCUUGUACCUGUUGUUGGAGAUGAAGAGAUGUCGUCACAUUCACGGCCCAGCACGUUCGAAGAGUCCGCCGUUAAAAUGACACAUUUGCUCGACAACUUAGUUAGAAUGCUGUCUAUGAGAGCUGACAGUUUGGACAGAAUUGACAAGGUUCUGAUGGACGGCCCCGACGAGGGAUAUCCCGGUACAGUGAAACUCGUCGAAAAACAGGAAAAACUGGAAAUCAUGGCUGCUAAAGUGCGAGAAAUGGAGCAAGUUUUGAGUAAGUUCUUCGAUGAUGUGUUCGACCGCUUUGACGAUUUCCUUUCUGAUUCUGGAGGUGACCAAAUUAAGGCCGAGUCCCACAAACCUGAGAAGAGCAAGCCCUAACCUGCUAUCGAAAAUAAAUCUGUACCACCAACAUCCCUGUCCAAAAAAUCAGAGAGCUCAAAGGUGGAACAGAAGAAGCUGUUGGAGCGAUUACUGAGUGCUCUAGCUUACUGACAUGGUGACCUUCCAGAACACCUAAUUCCACUUUGCAGCUGAGCUGACCAGCUUGUCAUCUCUUUUGUUCAUCUGCUAUUUUCUACUAAGUUAAGCGACUAAUCUGAACUUGAAAACGGAAGUGAAUAUUAAAGAUAAAAGUGGAUUCGUCCAGGAUGUAGUUGUGAUAUAGAAAUUGUGAUUUUUUCAUUUUUUCCUACUUAAUCUCCGUAUUCUUUGUUAUUUUUACUUCUUUUCUAAUAAAUUGCUUUU